GCUACUAUGGCCAACGAGCAGAGCGGGCUUCCCCUGCGGAGGUGGAAGCCUUUCUACAGCGCUUUCCAGGCGAUCGAUGGCGUGAUCGAGGCAUGCGGCUACCCGCGCGCCGAGUAUCGUGACGUGCGUGGCGAGAUCGUCGUGCUGCUCCGCGGCGCCACGGAUGACGGCGUGGCCGAGCAGCUCUGCGCCGCGCUCGACGACGUCAUGAUCGAAUCCCUCAAGACGCUGCUGGUGGCGCCUCUCCCGCACGACCUGCUGGCAUCCACCGACCUGGCAAGGACCGUCGGCGCCCUCGGCAACCACGGGUCCUCCCGGAUCCAGAGCCUCGCGCGCGACGUCGUGCGCGGGUGGAGGGUAGCCGUCGAAGCCUCCUUCGCCACUGCUGUAGCGGUGAAGAAGAAACUCGACAAUCUCUCUGCUGAUCAGAUCCCGCUCCCGCGCGCUGCCGUCGACAAGGUGCACGAGAAGAAGCUGCACGUACCGUGUGCCAAGAUGCUUCCCACUGCUGCUGAGGUACACAACAAGAAGCCGGAUAUACCACCAGCAAAGAUGACUUCCACCGCCACCGCCGCCGAGGUACAUAACAAGAGGCCACACAUACCACCAGCAAAGAUGCUUUCCAUCGCCGAGGAACACAAGAAGCAGCAUUAUGUACCGCCAACGAAGACGCUUCCGACCACAUCAAUUCUAUCGAAUCAACAGAAGAACAUGAGUGAGACCAAGAAACCGGUCGUCGCCGAGAGCGAGAAGAUGGAGGCUACAAAACGCAAGCUACGGGAGAGUUACCAAGAAGCUGAUGGAGUCAAGCGUCGGCGCAACAUCCAGACCAUUAAGGAGGAGGAGGGGAAGCUGUUAGAGGUCAAGCAAUGCAAGAAUCAUGCGUCCCAUCGUAUGGAGAGAGGCCCAGUAGGAUGUAGGACUAGGACCUCAUCAGGCGUCAGUCGUUCUAGGCCUCCUCCUUCUCACGUGCUUUAG